GUGUUCUGGGAGGAACCAAUGAGCGAGUCCCGUUAGGCCGAGGUCACGUGUGCUGGUCCCAAGCGCAGUCUGCUUGCACCAGGUUGUAGGCGCUGCGACGCUCGCCGGCUACAUGUCCCUGAGAGGAGUCUCCGCGCGGCUGCUGAGCCGCAGGCCCGGCCUGCGCUUCCCGUGGGUCCCGCGUACGUGGAGCUCGGCGGCGCACACCGAGAAGAGCCGACCGGUCAAAUCCUCUCGCCCUGGGUUUGACUGGAAGGACCCGCUGGUACUGGAGGAGCAGCUGACUGCCGAUGAGAAACUCAUCAGGGACACUUUCCGCAACUACUGCCAGGAGCGGCUUAUGCCUCGAAUUUUGCUGGCCAAUCGAAACGAAGUUUUUCACCGGGAUAUCGUGUAUGAAAUGGGGGAGCUAGGCGUGUUGGGACCCACCAUCAAAGGGUAUGGCUGUGCUGGAGUGUCAUCCGUGGCCUAUGGGCUCCUGACCCGAGAGCUGGAGAGGGUGGACAGUGGCUACAGGUCAAUGAUGAGUGUUCAGUCCUCCCUUGUCAUGCACCCCAUUUAUACCUAUGGGAGCGAGGAGCAGCGACAAAAGUAUCUGCCCCGCCUGGCCAAGGGUGAGCUUCUUGGCUGUUUCGGGCUUACAGAGCCUAACCAUGGGAGUGACCCAGGCAGCAUGGAGACCAGAGCUCAGCACAAUCCCUCAAAGAAGAGCUACACUCUCAGUGGGACCAAGACCUGGAUCACCAACUCUCCUGUGGCUGACCUGUUCAUAGUGUGGGCUCGAUGUGAGGAUAACUGUAUUCGGGGCUUCCUGCUGGAGAAGGGGAUGCGGGGCCUCUCAGCCCCUAGGAUUGAGGGAAAGUUCUCCUUGCGAGCCUCAGCUACUGGUAUGAUCAUCAUGGACAGCGUGGAGGUGCCUGAGGAAAAUGUGCUGCCUAGUGUGUCCAGCCUGGCGGGUCCCUUUGGCUGCCUCAACACUGCCAGAUAUGGUAUCACGUGGGGUGUGUUGGGAGCUGCUGAGUUCUGUUUUCACACAGCCCGGCAGUAUGCCCUGGACAGGAUCCAGUUUGGUGUCCCCUUGGCCAGGAAUCAGCUGGUUCAGAAGAAGCUGGCAGACAUGCUCACCGAGAUCACACUGGGCCUCCAUGCUUGUUUGCAACUUGGCCGUUUAAAGGAUCAGGACAAGGCUACCCCAGAAAUGGUCUCCCUGCUGAAGAGAAAUAACUGUGGGAAAGCCCUGGACAUUGCCCGCCAGGCACGAGACAUCCUGGGAGGAAAUGGGAUUUCUGAUGAGUACCAUGUGAUCCGGCAUGCUAUGAAUCUGGAGGCAGUGAAUACUUAUGAAGGUACACAUGACAUUCACGCGCUGAUCCUUGGGAGAGCAAUUACUGGAAUUCAGGCUUUCACAGUUGGCAAGUGAACCCACUUCAAACAGAGAAAUGCCUGACUAGAUCCUGGCAACACCAUGCUUUGCUUUGAGCCUGCUCAAGAACUGCUGGAUGGACCCAGCUUUUAUUGUGGAAAGUGAGACACUGAUUUGAGACUAUGGAAUUUGUCUCUGGAAGACAUUCAUAUAUGCUCUACUCUAUAGAAAGAAGAUGCAAUUAAUUCUCUGUAUGGCCCUCAGCCCUUUUCACAUCUGCAGAUGAGAACAGACUCCAUCUACCUUGUCUUAAACUUUUUCUAACUCGGAGAGGAGAGAGACAAAAUGGAGGGACACAGAAGCCACUGACAUGGAGCAGACCCUGUGAGAAGAGGCACUGGAGUUUACAAUGUGCCUUCCUGCCUCCAUCUCAGGGGCAUUACCUUCCGUACCCAACACUGAGCAGAUAAAAGAGGAAAAUAAAGAGCCUGUGCCUUACUCCUUAGGGUUGGGCUAGGUUUACUGGUAA